AUGCAAGAUGCCAUUCUAGUUCCAAAGAGCGUUGGUGCAAGCCUCUGGCGACUAGCUACCAGGGAUUGCUACCGCUCAUGCGGAUUCAUGGUUGGGUUGGCAAAACCAACUGUCCUAAAGUGUUGCCAUGAAUUUGUUCAAGCAAUCUGUCAACAUCAAGAUGAAUUCAUCAAGUUUCAAUCAACUGCAGCAGAGAUAGCUAAAAAAAUUGAAGGCUUCAACAAUAAAAGUAAACUACCUAAUGUAGCUGGAACGAUAGAUGGAAGCUAUGUACCUAUUAAGGCCCCAAAAAUUGACCACGAAGACUACUUUAACUGGAAACAUUUCUACAGUUUUUUAGUACAGGGAAUAGUUGAUGCUUCUGGCCUCUAUUUAUCUGAUGCCACUGGUUUUCCUGGAAGUCUACUUGAUGCUUGGAUGCUACGUUUGACUGACGUUUAUUGGGCUGCUGAAGAUGAGAAUAUCCAAAUGGAACCCACCUUUGACUUAGGCGGAACUAUAGAGCACCCUCUUAUCGUGGGAGACACUGCUUAUCCAAACAAAAACUUGGCUUAUCCAACCAUUCAAGGAUACUGGUGGGCUUACGCACUACCAGAGAAAUUUUAA